AUGGAAAGAGGCUCUUAUACCGAUGGGUCUUCCCUACUUUCAAUGAAAUUUACCCAACAAAGCGCAGAAUCACAAAAUGUCUACAUAUACGCCAACCGCCUAUUCGAUCCCCGGCCGAGCGACCUCGACUGGAACUGCAGAGAACCCAUGGAGAAAAUGGCCAUUCCGCAACUGAACAGGCCAUUCGACAAGCUGUAUCACAUGGGGAUUGUCUGCAUUCCUACAAAUACCUGCUUGGACGACUCUCUAACGUUACUGGACAAGCUCGCGGAAGGGCUUCUCUAUCAGCACGAAGGCUGGUUGGCGUCCAGCGCGGCCUCCGCCAAUGGGCGUAAAGUCCCACGAUUGCUGCUGAAGAUGAUCUCGGCCCUGGAAUACGUGGGACAGACACGCAAGAACAGCGAAGAAAUAAGGCUUUUGAGUGAGUAUUGA